AUGGCGGAGGUCCCUGAAAAUAACUAUUCUGGAUCCGACGAAGAUGAGGACCCGAGUACUGAGAGACCCAAACUUCUUAAGCGGACUGAAGGUGGCGAACCAGACAACCCUGCAGAGGUAAGCCAGGAACUACCCAUAGAGAGUCACCAAGAACUACAGCCAAAGACGACCUUAGAGACUGAGGAAGACAACUUUGAAGAAGGGGAGCCAGAGAAUGUUAAGAAUAUGCAGCUAAAACCAACCAGGACACCCAAGGUAGAAAUAUCCAACGAGUUAGGUACAGAUGUAUCUGGAAAGAGUGAGCCAAAGAUUCCCCAAAAGACAUCCAGAGAGAUGGGAGGAGAGUUCGUCAUUGAUCCAGAAUUCCCUCUGGUUGAAAAGCAUAAGGAACUAUACAUAGAGCCACAAGAGGAAAUCUUACUACAAGUUACUGAGAAUGUACUCAUUGAGUCAGUUAGGGUAGCAGAUCUAGAGCUACCAAAGGAAACCAAGUCUGAGGUCCUAGGGACAACACACGAUGAGGCAAGAUUAGAAUUACUAGAGAAGUCCAAGCCUGAGGUUUCAGAAGAAUCGCUUAGAGAGCAAUAUAAAGAGAUAAUUCUAGAGCCUCCAGAGCUGACAAAACUAGAAUUCCCAAGUGAUACACCAAGAAAAUCAGUUGAAGAAACAGAUUUACAGCCACAAAAAAUGACUAAGACAGAGAUUCCAGAUGAAGCAGGAAGAAAGUCAGUUGAGGAACAAGGGGUAGAGCCACUGGAGCAGACUACUGUAGAGUUUCCAGAGCAGGAAUCAAGAAAGUCUAUUGAGGCAGGUCUAGAACCUCCAGAAAAAACUAAACCAGAGAUUCCAGAGGAGACCCUAAGGAAGUUAACUGAGGAACAAGGGACAGUGCCACCUGAGCAGACUUCAGUAGAGUUUCCAGAGCAGAAACCAAGAGAGUCUACUGAAGAUACAAGAAGAAGCUCAACUAAGGAGAGAGUCCCAGAGGCACUCGAGGAGAUGAAGUCAGAGUUUCCCGAGGAAAAAUCAAGAAAAUCAGUUGAGGAAACAGGUCUAGAGCCACUAGAAAAUACCAAAUCAGAGGAGUCAAGACGAGAGUCAAAUGAAGAAAAGAUUCCAGCACCACUAAAGGAGACUGAUCCAGUGCUGCCACAGGAGAUCAAACCAGAGGUUCAAGAGUUACCAGAUGAAACCAAACCACUAUUUAGAGAAGGGACAAAUGUAGAUUCAUCCAAGGAUGAUAGAUUAGAACCAAUCAAGUUUCAGUACUCUGGAGAAGUCAAUGAACAAGAGCACCCCAACUAUCAAAUUAAAAAGUUAUCAAAAAAAGACUCUCUGCUAAACAGAGACAGUGAAACAGAAUUGUCAGAAACAGAUGAUGAGUUUUCUAAAGAACCACUUAAGCCAACUGAUAUUCUAAUAGAAAAUGCAAGCUUAUAUUCCUUAGAGUCUCUAAGAGACUUAGAAAAGUCCUUAGAAAAAAUAAAUUUGUCUGAAGAGAUGGUAGAACUGGUAUUUGAAGAUAAAGAAACUCCGCCUGAAAAGGAAUUUAAGCUACAAUUUGAGUAUCUUAAGUGGAGCCCUAAAGACGUUGCAGAGUGGAUUAGCCAACUAGGCUUCCCUCAAUAUAAGGGAUGUUUUACCACAAACUUCAUCAGUGGCCAGAAACUCAUCUAUGUAAACUGCUCAAACCUCCCUCAGAUGGGCAUAACAGAUUUUGAGGACAUGAAGAUAAUUUCUCGGCAUACUCGGGAGCUACUGGGAAUUGAAGAACCCCUGUUCAAACGUUCCAUCACCCUUCCCUACAGGGACAAUAUAGGUUUGUUUUUAGAGCAAAAAAGUCAUACUGGGGAAAAAUCCAAUUCUUUGACUUUAUCUCAGUUUGUCCAAGCAGCAGGAUUACAAGAUUAUGCCCCCCAAAUACCUGCUUCUACAGAGAACCAAGCAUUAUGUUAA